GUUUUUUGGACUAGUUACUACAUUUUGGACGUAUACGCACUGUGUAUACACAGUGAACAGAGAUUGGAGAGCAUAAUUUGCUGUUGCGGAUGCUUGCAAAAUACACCUACGUCAAUCAGGUCAAUCGUGAUUGUAACAUAACCUGCCUUUCUGGACGUAUACUUAUUGUAUAUAUGUUAAGUCUGAUGAUUCGAGGGUUAAACUUGCCGGCCGCGUGGAUGUAUGCACAUUGUAUAUACGUUUGGGAAGUAUAUACCGAGAUUAGGCGUUUCUCUUUUUCUGUAGGAAGUAUACGCAAUGUAUAAAUCUCAACCAAGUGAAUCGGCAUGUGACAUUUUUGCUCUUUUCUUAGACGUAUACACAGUGAGUAUAUGUUAAUGAGUUGAAAAGUAUACGCAAUGUAUACAUGUCAAUCAAGUGAAUUGAGGUGUGACAUUUUUACCCCGCCUUCGACGUAUACACAGUGAGUAUAUGUUAAUGAGUUGGAAUGAGAUGCGACAAAUCACGCUCUUCUGGACGUAUACCCAGUGUAUAUAUAUAUACUUCAAUGAAGUGCACCUGAAGCUUGAAAUACAGGAAGGGAAUAUGUCCUGACUGUAUUAAACCAAAUGAAAAGCAAUACCUGGUUUUGCUCCUAAGAAACUCUUCUGGGAAAGCGAAGCUUGUCAGCUGGUGGUUUGUAGUGAUAAAAUCUUCCUGAAGAAGCGGAAUGGAUAGCGUGGUUUCGUUUUUAUUCAGAUCCAGCACUGCCAUAUAAACGACGAUCAACAAUUUUUUUGUGCUACUAAAUAAGGAUUUAACAAGGAUACAUUUUUAUUUUCUGAAUUUAUUUUAAUUGUUCAUGGCUGCCGCCCUGUACAGUCCACCGCACCCUCACUGUCAUACAAAUUCAUCCUGUUCAGAUGAUUUGCAGAAAAAGGCGACAAUCAUCGGGGGCCUGUCGAGCCUUUUUGCAAGCACAAAUAUCCGAGGGUGCUUAACGGAAGGUCUAGGGCUCGAAACCCGCCGCCAUUCUGCACACACGGAUAUCGAUACACAUUACCCUUAUUCUUCACUCAAGCUCAGAGAGCAAAGCCCCGUGUCGGUGCUUCAGUCUCCUAUGCCCUGCAGCAGCACCACUUCCCCGCCUGGAAGGUCUCACAGAUUUAAGCCAGUUUCUUUCAGCCAUCACCAUCAAAAUUGUGCCUUUGAAUUAUAUGUGCAGCAAAAUUCAAGCAAACUGGACAAAUUGGAGGGGUUAAGGAUCAGCAGGGACGCAAAUUUUUUCCUCCGUAGCGCUUUGAGUCCCUGUGUUCCUGUGGAUGAUCAAGAAUUCACUUUCAAUCUUGAAGGGACGUUUAUUACAGAUGAUUUACAGCCUUACGCAGAGGAAAUUCUUCAUGAUGCACAGGCGCAGCACCAGGCUUUUAAGGAGGAUUCUGUUGUUAAAGCCUUUCAUUAUGCCGAGAAAGCACACCGAGGCCAGGUGCGGGCUAGUGGUGAUCCAUACCUAAGACACUGUGUGGAGACAUCAAUUUUGCUUGCAAUGAUUGGAUCUCGUGAGAAUGUAAUUAUAGCUGGAUUGCUCCAUGAUACACUUGAUGACACUUCUAUGGACUACAGUCAGUUAUUUGGCAUCUUUGGAAAAGAUGUUGCAGAUUUGGUGCAAGGGGUAUCUAGAUUAAGUUUGAUCAGUCAGUUUGCCCGUGACAACAACACAGCAAGCAAUAGUGUUGAAGCAGACCGUCUUCAUACAAUGUUUCUUGCAAUGAUGGAUGUAAGGGUAGUAUUGAUCAAAUUGGCAGAUAGGUUGCAUAAUAUGAGGACUUUAGGUGCUUUGAGUCUUCCAAAACAACAGCGAAUUGCAAAAGAGACACUAGAGAUUUUUGCUCCCUUAGCCAACCGUCUUGGAAUUUGGAGCUGGAAAGCUGAAUUAGAAGACCUCUGCUUCAAGUAUCUGAAUCCACACAAAUACCAAGAACUCUCUGCUAGACUUGCUAAAGGCCCAAGAGAAGCAACUAUCAUGUCUGCAAUCCAAAAAUUGGAUGACGCUUUGAAGAAAAAAAUGGCUUUUUAUGAUCUAUAUGGAAGACCGAAGAGCUUGUACAGCAUUUAUCUGAAGAUGUUGAAGAAGAAGCAGAAGAUUGAUGAAAUCAAUGACCUUUGUGGUCUUCGGCUUAUUGUCUUAAAUGAGAAAGAUUGCUAUGAUGCACAGCGCAUUGUUCAUCAUUUGUGGCAAGGUGUCCCAGGGGAGUCUAAAGACUACAUUGCUCGACCGAAACCUAAUGGGUAUCAGUCUUUGCACACUGUUGUUUGGGGUGAGGAUGGUCAUCCCCUGGAAAUACAAAUACGGACUAAGGAAAUGCAUCAGCAAGCUGAGUUUGGAGUUGCAGCACAUUGGCGAUAUAAGGAGGGUGAAGCAGAACACUCUUCGUCAAUUAUUCAAAUGGUGGAAUGGGCAAGAUGGGUGCUCAGUGAGAUGAUGGACACUAAGUUGAGACUUUCGUACCAGGAGUCAGGCUUGAGACCACCUUGCCCUUUCCCUUCUCACAAGGAUGGUUGGCCACACAUGGAUAAGUUCUGUGAAUUACCAUUUUGCACGGAUGAGAAUCUUUUUGUGAUUGUGUUGGAAGAUGAUAAAAUGACUGUGCAAGAACAACCUCCUAAUAUCACUGUUAAGCAGCUGCUAGACAAACUGAACUAUGAGGCACCGAUUAAAGAGGAACUGAGACCGAGGGUUAAUCAAAGUACCGUCAGCAAUCUCAAUCAGAAGCUUAAAAUGGGGGAUCUAGUGGAACUAACCCCAUCAAUAUCAGAUACAUCCUUGAUUGAAUACAGGGAGGAGAUGAGGCGCUUGUAUAAGAAAAGUUCGCAAAUUACAACACUAACAUCAUAAAUGUACUGAUUCAUUGAUUUUUGAGCUCGUUACAAAUUAUGGGAAGCAAAUGAUUCGCCACCAUGAGCUACGUUAUGGCAAUUGUGAUUGUACAUAUUGUAUACCAAGGAUAGCAUACUGCUUAGAGCAGCACCACCAUCCCUGUGAUUCUUUUAAUGGGAAAAUUGGAAAUGGAUAGUGUAUUUGUCGGAUCUCUUAUGUAUAUUCCUGACAAAACCUUCUGUUGUAUAUAAUUCAAGCAAGACAACUAUUUCCAUUAACAGAAAGUAUAAUUUGUUUCAAAACAAGGAUUACUAAUGCAGAAAUUUGUUAACUA